CUUAUUUUAUUACGAAUCACGGGCCACCCUCAGGGAGAGCAAUGCAUGAACACACGCACACAACAGCCAGUGAUUAACGACUCUCUCCUAAACAACUUCCUCUGUGUGUUUUUCUUGCAAAUAUACAAUGCGAGAAGAAGAUUCGGGUUCCAUCCGCUUCAUUCCUUCUUCCUUAAGAGCUUCUAUGUAUGAAUGUGCACAUGUUUCAUGCACGCAGUGAUGGAGAGGAAGGUGACAAACAUGGGAAUGGAGGGAAGACUGAUAUGUACCCUUUUAUCGGUGCCUUUAGUAUGACUGGUGGUGAUGGAGAAAACAGCUACGCUUCCAACUCUAUUCUUCAGAGAAAAGUUAUAGAGAAAGCAAGACCGGUCCGGGUGAAGAGCACCAAAGAGAUGUUAAUCGGAUUAGAUUUUCCGCCGUGCGUCAAAGUGGCCGACUUGGGUUGCUCCUCGGGGCAAAACACGUUCCUGGUUAUGUCCGAAAUUGUGAACACCAUCAACGCGUUGUGCCAAGAAAGGGGUCGAGACCCUCCAGAAGUCGAUUGUUGUCUGAACGAUCUCCCCGACAACGACUUCAACACGACAUUCAAGUUUGCACAUUUCUUCUGCAAAACUGGCAAAGGUCUGUGCUUUGUUUCGGGAGUGCCAGGUUCCUUCUAUUCGCGGCUCUUCCCCAGCAAGAGCCUUCAUUUUGUGAAUUCCUCUUACAGUCUUCAUUGGCUAUCCGAGGUUCCGCGAGGUCUGAAAGGCAACAAGGGGAGUGUGUUUAUGACAGGUUCUAGCCCUCGAACUGUAUACGAGGCUUACUUAAAUCAGUUCAGGAAAGAUUUCUCCUUGUUUCUAAGGUCACGGUCCGAAGAGAUGAUAUGUGAUGGACGCAUGGUUCUCACGUUAAUCGGUAGAAACGCUCGUGAUCCAUUAUACAGAGACUGCUGCCACUUCUGGACUUUGCUAUCCAAAUCCCUUCUCGAUUUAGUCCACGGGGGAAUUGUGAGAGAGGAAGAGGUGGAUUCAUUCAACGUUCCGUUUUACGAUCCGGACGAAGGAGAGGUAACGGAGAUCAUCCGUAACGAGGGCUCCUUCAAAAUCGGCGAAUUAGAAACACAUGAAUUCGAUUUGGGGCAAAGUCGUGACGAAGGGGAUUACAUGUUAGGGAGAGAUAAGAGCGGAGAAAGAGAAGCCAACUGCAUAAGGGCCGUAAGUGAACCGAUGCUGGUCGCUCACUUUGGACAAGACAUUAUAGACACACUGUUCACAAAGUACGCACAUCAUGUCUCUCAGCACUCCGACUGCCUUCGCAAAUCGACCGUCACCCUUGUCCUUUCUUUGAUUAGGAAGUAAUUGUUUCCAUCCAUGCAAUUAUUGUUGAAGAA